AUGACAACUACCAAAUCGGAAACAGGUACUCAUGCAACAAGUACAGGACGGACAUCAUUCAGCGUUUCUACCUCAUCGUCCACUGCAGAUAAUAAUAGUUCAACAACGGAAGAACCACAAACAACAUCACUAGUUACAAGUGAACCUGCAGAAUCUUCAUCUUCUACAACUUCACUUGAUUCAUCACAAACUCCUACCAUUUUAACAACAGACAGUAGAGAAUCAACUGCUUCUACAGACGUUACUAUCACAUCAGCAUCAAAGAUGACAACUAUGAAAUCUAUAACAGGAACUGAUACGAAAAGUACAGUUGUGACAUCAGUCAGCAGUUCUCCAUCAUCUUCCACUGCAGAAAAUAUUGGUUCCACAACAGACGAACCACAUACAACAUCACUAGUUACAAAUGAUCAUGCAGAAUCUUUAUCUUCCUCAACUGCAGUGGAUUCAUCACAAGCGUCUUCUGUUCCAACAACAGACAAUAGAGUAUCUAAUGCUUCUACAGAUGUGACAAUGACAAGAGCAUCAAAGAGGACAACUACGAAUUCUGAAACAGGUACUCAUGGAACAAGUACAGCAAGGACUUCAUUCAGCAGUUCUCCACCGAUUUCCACUGCAGAUAAUAUUAGUUCCACGACAGACAAAGCACAAACAACAUCAAUAGUUACAAAUGGACCAUCAGAAUCUUUAUCUUCUUCAACUGCAGUGGAUUCAUCACAAACUUCUUCUGUUCCAACAACAGAUAAUAGAGAAUCUACUGCUUCUACAAAUGUGACCAUGACAUCUGAAUCAAAGAUGACAACUAUGAGAUCUGUAACUGGAACUGAUAUGAAAAGUACAUUUGUGACUUCAGUCAGCAGUUCUCCAUCAUCUUCCACUGCAGAAAAUAAUAGUUCCAUGACAGAUGAACCACAAACAACAUCACUAGUUACAAAUGAUCCGGCAGAAUCUUUAUCUUCUUCGACUGCAGUGGAUUCAUCACAAACUUCUUCUGUUCCAACAACAGAUAUUAGAGAAUCUACUGCUACUACAAAUGUGACCAUGACAUCUGAAUCAAAGAUGACAACUAUGAAAUCUGUAACAGGAACUGAUACGAAAAGUACAGUUGUGUCUUCAGUCAGCAGUGCUCAAUCAUCUUCCACUGCAGAUAAUAUUGGUUCCACAACAGAAGAAACACAAAAAACAUCACAAGUUACAAAUAAACCAGCGGAAUCUUCAUCUCCUUCCACAGCAGCUGUUUCAUCACAAACUCCUGCCAUUUCAACAACAGACAAUAGAGAAUCUCCUGCUUCAACAGACGUGACUAUCACAUCAGCAUCAAAAAUGACAACUACCAAAUCUGAAACAGGUACUUAUGCAACAAGUACAGGAAGGACUUCAUUCAGCGUUUCUACCUCAUCUUCCACUGCAGAUAAUAAUAGUUCAACAACCGAAGAACCACAAACAACAUCACUAGUUACAAAUGAACCUGCAGAAUCGUUAUCUCCUUCAACUACAGUAGAUUCAUCACAAAUGUCUUCUGUUCCAACGACAGACAAUAGAGAAUCUACUACUUCUACAAAUGUGACCAUAACAUCUGAAUCAAAGAUCACAACUAUGAAAUCUGUAACAGGAACUGAUAUAAAAAGUACAGUUGUGACUUCAGUCAGCAGCUCUCCAUCAUCUUCCACUGCAGAAAAUAUUGGUUCCACGACAGACGAUCCACCAACAACCUCACUAGUUACAAAUGAUCCGGCAGAAUCUUUAUCUCCUUCAACUGCAGUGGAUUCAUCACAAACUUCUUCUGUUCCAACAACAGACAAUAGAGAAUCUACACCUUCUACAAAUGUGACCAUGACAUCUGAAUCAAAGAUGACAACUAUGAAAUCUGUAACAGGAAAUUAUACGAAAAGUACAGUUGUGACUUCAGUCAGCAGCUCUCCAUCAUCUUCCACUGCAGAAAAUAUUGGUUCCACGACAGACGAUCCACCAACAACCUCACUAGUUACAAAUGAUCCGGCAGAAUCUUUAUCUCCUUCAACUGCAAUGGAUUCAUCACAAACUUCUUCUGUUCCAACAACAGACAAUAGAGAAUCUACACCUUCUACAAAUGUGACCAUGACAUCUGAAUCAAAGAUGACAACUAUGAAAUCUGUAACAGGAAAUGAUACGAAAAGUACAGUUGUGUCUUCAGUCAGCAGUGCCCAAUCAUCUUCCACUGCAGAUAAUAUUGGUUCCACAACAGAAAAAACACAAAAAACAUCAGUAGUUACAAAUGAACCAUCAGAAUCUUCUUCUCCUUCCACCGCAGCUGUUUCAUCACAAACUCCUGCCAUUUCAUCAACAGACAAUAGAGAAUCUCCUGCUUCAACAGACGUGACUUCCACAUCAGCAUCAAAGAUGACAACUACCAAAUCUGAAACAGAUACUUAUGCAACAAGUACAGGAAGGACUUCAUUCAGCGGUUCUACCUCAUCUUCCACUGCAGAUAAUAAUAGUUCAACAACGGAAGAACCACAAACAACAUCACUAGUUACAAGUGACCCUGCAGAAUCUUCAUCUUCUACAACUUCACUUGAUUCUUCACAAACUCCUAUUUUAACAACAGACAGUAGAGAAUCUACUGCUUCUACAGACGUGACUAUCACAUCAGCAUCAAAGAUGACAACUAUGAAAUCUGUAACAGGAACUGAUAUAAAAAGUACAGCAAGGACUUCAUUCAGCGGUUCUACCUCAUCUUCCACUGCAGAUAAUAAUAGUUCAACAAUGGAAGAACCACAAACAGCAUCACUAGUUACAAAUGGACCAUCAGAAUCUUUAUCUUCUUCAACUGCAGUGGAUUCAUCACAAACUCCUACCAUUUUAACAACAGACGGUAGAGAAUCAACUGCUUCUACAGCCGUUACUAUCACAUCAGCAUCAAAGAUGACAACUAUGAAAUCUGUAACAGGAACUGAUACGAAAAGUACAGCUGUGACAUCAGUCAGCAGUUCUCCAUCAUCUUCCACUGCAGAAAAUAUUGGUUCCACAACAGACGAACCGCAUACAACAUCACUAGUUACAAAUGAUCCUGCAGAAUCUUUAUCUUCUUCAACUGCAGUGGAUUCAUCACAAGCGUCUUCUGUUCCAACAAGAGACAAUAGAGUAUCAACUGCUUCUACAGAUGUGACAAUGACAACUGCAUCAAAGAGGACUACGAAUUCUGAAACAGGUACUCAUGGAAUAAGUACAGUAAGGACUUCAUUCAGCAGUUCUCCACCGAUUUCCACUGCACAUAAUAUUAGUUCAACGACAGACAAACCACAAACAACAUCACUAGUUACAAAUGGACCAUCAGAAUCUUUAUCUUCUUCAACUGCAGUGGAUUCAUCACAAACUUCUUCUGUUCCAACAACAGAUAAUAGAGAAUCUACUGCUACUACAAAUGUGACCAUGACAUCUGAAUCAAAGAUGACAACUAUGAAAUCUGUAACAGGAACUGAUAUGAAAAGUACAGUUGUGUCUUCAGUCAGCAGUGCUCAAUCAUCUUCCACUGCAGAAAAUAUUGGUUCCACGACAGACGAACCACAUACAACAUCACAAGUUACAAAUGAUCCUGCAGAAUCUUUAUCUUCUUCAACUGCAGUGGAUUCAUCACAAGUGUCUUCUGUUCCAACAACCGACAAUAGAGUAUCUACUACUUCUACAGAUGUGACAAUGACAACAGCAUCAAAGAGGACAACUAUGAAUUCUGAAACAGGUACUCAUGGAACACGUACAGCAAGGACUUCAUUCAGCAGUUCUCCACCGAUUUCCGCUGCAGAUAAUAUUAGUUCCACGACAGACAAAGCACAAACAACAUCACUAGUUACAAAUGGA